AUUUUCACUUUCCAAACGCCAUUUGAAGUGGGUUUCAGUGCAGGCGGGAGAUCUAUUUCAUCUUCGAAAAUAACAAUAGCAACAUGCUGUAGGCCUACAACUGAAAACUUUUUUGAUUACGUCCAUCGUCCAAACUGGAAUGUAGUCUAUUUUCGUCUCGAUUGCUUUUGCGCGUCUAUCGUCUGAAUGAAUCAUUCCACCCUGGGCCUGAAAUUGUAAUGUAAAUAGCCUACAAUCAUACUUUCAUUUAUGAAUCUAUACGUGCAACCCAAUUUUAACCUGUUCAUUAAUUAUUAAACUGUUAAUAUAUUCAGUGACCUGGUAAAUAUUGGAUUUUUUUCAACAAAGAAAACUGAAUUGAAGAGGUGAACUACAGUUACGAUCGGCGCCAAUGGACACGUUGGCUUUUCUGACAGAUAAGCAGUUACUGCAGUUUUUACGCUGUAGUAGGACAGAGAUGUCGUGCAUGGUGCAACCACACACCUUUCUUAACCAGCUCCGUGACCACCACCUCAUUCCGGAGAACAUGUACAAGAAGCUGAUUUUGAUUAGGAGUAAGGAGCUGAGGGAGAAGGGUUUGUACCGGGUGUUGGACUGGGUGGAGGCAGAGAGGCCCGACAGCAUCAAGGUGUUCUGGAACUGUGUGUUCAGGGAUCACCUCCUGCAGCAGUACCCCACGUUACGCCUGCUACGAAACCGCCUGCUGGACGGGUCGUUCACAUUCUAUGAGAAACUGCCAGAGAAGGUGGAGAAGGAAGAGGAGGAGGAUAAGAAGAAGAAGGCUUCAGCGGAAGGAGGAGAGGAGGAGGAGGAGAAGACAGGAAGGAAAAAGAGGAAACAGAAAAAGAGAAGUGCGAGUGCGGAGGAGGAGCAGCCCAGCACAUCCACCCAGUCCACCCCCAGUCAGAAGAGGAAAGUCCAGAGGCUCAAAUACUGCUCACCUUUCAGGAAGGGGGAGAAAGCUGACAUCUGGACCUGGCCAAUCUACAAGAGCCAGCUCCCAGUCAUCUGUGGGGACAAAGAAGGCAUGCUCAACAGGGACAAGCUGGCCAAAGGGGAGAAGUGCAUUGUGGCCCAGGGUCGCUGGUUCACCCCAAGUGGCUUUGAGGAGUUUGGGGGGAAGAAGAGCCGUAAGAACUGGAAGUACAGUAUCCGCUGUAGAGACACCACUCUGGAAAAACUGAUCCAGGGAGGCCAUUUAACUUCACCAGACUUUAAAAGAAGAAAGAGUGCACAGGCCAAGAGAGCACUGUUUCCCUCCAACCAAUCAGUGGGCUCAAUCACAGGAUCUGAGGAGGAUGAUGGUGAGGAGGAAGAAGAAGCUGAGCAGAAAAGAGAGGAAGGAGAGAGUGGAGAGCAGGCAAAUACUGCUGGAGGAGAGAGUAGUACAGGAGUCAGCCAUGGUGUUGUGAAAAAGUGUGUCUUCAAAGUCACCUGUGGAGCCAUCAAUGGAAUGCUACAUAAGGAUCGGUUUGCAUCAGGGUCGUGUGGAAAGAGCAUCCGUACGGAGCAGUGCUGGAUGACCCCGAUAAAGUUUGUGACGGAGGGGUCAGCUCUGGAAGAUCCCUCCUGGAAGAAAGACAUCCAGUGUGACGGGAAACCACUCAGCGUCCUCAUCGAGAGUAAGCUCUUGCACAUCCACUCUCUCCUGUGUAAGUGCAAGCUGUGCAGCUCCACGGUCAAAGACCGGCACGAUCAAGAUAACGAUGACGACUGCUUCAUCUGUAGAAGCCAGGGCAGCUUGAUAUGCUGUGAUAAGUGUCCUCGCUCCUUCCAUCAGAGAUGUCAUCUUCCUAAUGUGGAUGACGCUAUGCUGGGGGAUAAUCGUACGUGGAUGUGUACAUUCUGUGUUCUGGGGGCCAGUCAGUUGUGGCGCUACCCCAAACAAAUGACCUACCAGGAAGCCUUGACCUGCCGAAUCUCUGACCACCUACUGGAAUGCCAGUACCUCCUGCUGUGUCUGUACAAAGCGGACGAGGACAACAUCUUUGUGACAGAUCCUUGCAUCAAUGUGAGAAACUACACCAGUGUGAUAAAGACUCCGAUGUGGCUGGGCAGGGUUGUGGAGAAGCUGCAGCAGAAUCUCUACAAAACAGUGCACCACUUUGUGUCUGACGUGAUGUUUAUCUUCACCAACUGUGCCAGAUUUAACAGGGAUAAUGCAGAGUUCUGUGAAAUGGGCGAAAGAUUGAAGGAUCUAUUUGAGAGAGAGUUCAAGAGUACAUUUAGCAUCCAACUUCAGCAUCCAGCUGCAUCCAACAGCCAGUAGAGCCUUCAUCAAGUCUGUACUGUUAUCUCACUGUGAGACAACAGGGAAUAUUCACCAUGCCCUGGUCCUUCUAUACAGCCUUCAUACAGACUUGUACACCAAGUUGUACAGAUCUUAUUUUCCAUGCAUGUACAUUAUUUUCCAUCUAGUCCUUUAAUUAAUUAAUUUAAUUCAUUCUACCAGUCAAAAAUGGGUGUGAUAAUAAUUGAAAUAGAAUGAUGGUGAUAACAUUGCAUUUCAUACAGUAAAUGUUGCUUUGCUAACUUUUUAUGCAAAGCCUUAGAAUUCCUUACCUUCCGGGCUUCUUUUACUUCUGGUUAAGCCAUACUAGAUUUAUGCCCAGGGAUUCUGUCAAAAAUAAACUAAUGAAUUUCUAAAACA